AAACAAUAUAUUUAUACACAAAAAUGUCUUAUGGUGAUUCGUGAAUUGUCGAGUUGUCACGGAAACAGCCGAGUGUUUGUUUUAGAUUUUGUCGAGUUAUAUCGAAGGAUUGCUUCAAUCGUCCCUUAUUACAAACAAGCGGGACUCAGUACACUGUAAAAAUAAAAAGGUUCCGACUGCCGUCAAGCACGCUGUUACCGAAUAAAUUGGUAAAUGGCACGUUAAACCCAAUCAUUGCCUCGAGUCCUUAUGCGCAGGGUGCGGAAAAGAAAUACUAGUCCUUCCGGCUGAGUGUGAGACUUACAAAAAUAGAGGUGAAAAUAUUUAAAUUUGUCAUGUUCGUUAUAAAGGUGAACUUACACAUUUGCACGUGAGCUUAUGAUGCGCCGAUUGUGAAGAAAUACCUGAUGUGAGAUUAUAUGUAGUUCUGACGCACCUUUGUACUCUAAACGUCAGAACUGUAAAAUCUGUGCUGUGAAAAAGCUGUGUUAGUCCUGGUUUCUGUCGAAAUUAAUGAUGUUAUUGACAAUUUUGGCAGCUGUGGGCACAACAAUAAUUUUACCCUUGUCGAUUCGCUACUUUAUGAAAGGAGCCACCUGUACCAGCCCUGUUAAACUGGAAGGCAAAACAGUUAUUAUUACUGGGGGUAACUGUGGAAUCGGGUUCGAAACAGCCCGUAAUUUAUUACUACGAGGGGCCCGAGUGAUCCUCGCAUGUCGGGACUUAAAUAAGGCAAAAUCGGCUGCGGAACAAUUAAGCGAAUUAGGUUCAGGUGUUGUACUUGUUGAAAAACUUGAUCUCUCAAGCUUCGAUUCCAUUCGGACAUUCUGCAAGAAUAUUAAGCAACAUAUCACCUCUUUGGAUAUCCUUAUAAACAAUGCGGGUGUUUAUUUCCACCCGUAUGCUGAGACAGAAGAUGGCCUGGAAAUGCAUAUGGGCGUCAAUUAUUUUGGUCCCUUCCUUUUGACACAUCUUCUAUUGGAGUUAUUAAAGAAGUCUGAUUCACCCCGCGUCGUUUUUGUCGGGAGUGGGAUUUACAAAUGCGGGAAAAUCGAUUUUAACAACACGAUUAGAAAAACAUUUUUCCAAAAACACAAUGCCUACGGCGACAGUAAGUUAGCCUGUGCUUUAUUUUGCCGUGAAUUUAGCAAUCGAAUGUCAGACACUAAUAUUAACAUAUAUUAUGUUCACCCAGGAGCAGUGAACACAGAUAUAGGAAGAAACCUUUUUAAUUCAUUUCUUUGGAAACCAAUGCACUAUCUUUUCAAACUAUUUUCAAAGACUUGCAUAGAGGGUUGUCAAACUGUUGUAUAUUGUGCUGUUAGUGAAGAGACGAAAGACCAAUCUGGUUGCUACUACAGUGAAUGCCAGAGAGACGAAUGGGCAAAUCAAGCUCUGGAUAAACAACUUGCUGUAAAGUUGUGGAACUUCAGCGAAAAAGUUACGGGAUUAAUCGAAUGAAAAUUGUUCUCUCACCAAAUUAUAAAUAUAAGGCUACCCUUCUUUUCUGUGGAAUAAUUAAAAAAAAUAAUAAUAACGAAAGAAGAAAAACUCUUGGAUGCAAUUAAUGUAAAAAAAUCUUGUUCGUCACAAAAUUAAAGACAUUCUAUGAGAGUUUCGUUUUAAAGAAAUACUGAUUCGAUGUUGGAAGGUGUGAAGGAUCGUUUAUUUUAUAGAAUAGAACCGUUGCAGGGAGCGAAGAAAGUAUCUUGUAUUUUAAUGUAUGUUUCGUUUUCUGAAUGAAAUCGACGGCAGAUUAAUUAUUGAUGUUACAUGACAAUUAAGAAAAUAUUUAUUUGUUUGUUUAUUAUCGAUCAUGAUCAGUGAUAUUGGAAUAUCGAGGACUGGCUUUAGUGCUUGAAUGAAAACAUUUUUCAAACCAAAUAUUUGACAGUCCGUGUUGAAGUAAUUAAUGUUCGUGCGAAUGUGUUGAGUAUCUCAACAUCUGUAGCUUUCUGGUUGUUUUCGUAUCGUCGUGUUUUUAAGAAAUCGGAAUUUUCUCUUUUUAAUUUGUUUAAAGAAAACCAUUCCUGCCGGGACCAAUACCUAAUCCUAAUGAACUCUUUACCAAUAAUAAGUUUUUCAGUAAUUGUAUUAAAUGCAGUUAAAUACUCCCACAUGAAGAAAAGGCAAAACUAAAUGUGACCGUCGAGUAUUUGUUUUGAAAAGUUUUCGUGUUGGACUUUAAAUCCAGGAUUCCCUAAUUAUUUAAUGAGGGUCAGCGUAAGAAGAUCCCUGAUCGCAAAUUGUAACACAAAUAUAUGGUUUAAUGAACAUCAUUUUCAAAACUUUCUCACAGGACUUUCUUUAAGUGAGGUACAACAGUUUCCAGGCGUACCGACACAAAUGUACCUCGCCCCAUCGACUUUGUUUCCACAUAACUUUCUCCUGUACGUACGUGUGCGUCACAUCAUUUUCUUUUUUUAUGUUAAAUUCCGAUAUAAUCGUAAUUUACAGCAUCUGAAAAUUAUUUAUACAAAUCUUCAUUAAAAAAAUAUCGUGUCUA